ACUAUCGCAAAAAGCUUUCACCACUAUAUUGUAUUUUGUUAAUUUUAGAACACAAAUCGAAUAUGCGAAAUUAUAAGAGGAAAACCCCCAAAAGAGAUCCCGCUAUUCUUCGUGGAGCAGUGGCAGCAAUGAAAUCGGGAAUUUCCCUAAGAGCGGCAUCCAAUAUAUUCGGAAUACCACGAAGUACACUACUGCUCCAUCGCCGAAAUAAUGAAACGAUAAUACCAGACGAUCCGGAAACAGAGGUUGACAUUAACGAUGUGGAGAUAGCGCCAAUAGGAUACAAAACAGUAUUUACCCAAGAGCAGGAAACAGUUUUGGAACACUUUCUUUAUGUAGCCAAUGACUACUUUGGAUUAACUUCGAAACAGACCCGAUCUCUAGCUUAUCAAUAUGUUAAACACAUUAAUGUCGUCUGUCCAAUUUCUUGGCAACGUGACGAAAUGGCGGGAUUGGAAUGGUUUCGUAACUUUAAAGUCCGACAUCCAAAAUUAACUCUGGCAAAACCCGAGGGAACCAACAUGGAUCCCAUGAAUGUUGCUGAGUUCUUUGCGAAUUACUUUUCGGUAGUAAAAGCUGAGUAAAAUCAAUGGUAUUACGAGCACUAGAGUUUACCGGAGAUAAAGUACAAACGGAAUGCAGAUUUCGGCGCCUGGAAUAUGACUAGAAAUGGAAAUCUGUCAUGCUUUAACCAAAUCCGAAUGA